UUGCAUCUAGAAGGGCCAUUCAUUAGCGCAGAGAAGAAAGGAGCCCAUCCUCGUCAACAUUUGAUCGAUGGCUUCGAAAAUGGCUUCGCCGAUAUUUUGCAAGUUUAUGGCACCAGCUUGGAACACUUCGCUUACAUCACCUUGGCCCCCGAGCUUAAGAACUCGAAGGAGGUGAUCGGCGAACUCGUAAAUAGGCAGAUUAAAGUAUCUCUGGGCCAUUCCGCGGCGUCGUUGAACAUUGCUGAAGAGGCGAUCCUCGCAGGGGCGUCCGGAAUCACUCACUUAUUCAAUGCUAUGUCACCGUUUCACCACAGAGACCCGGGGCUGAUCGGCGUCCUGACUAGCAGCAAGAUCGCCCAUCUCCAACCGAUCCAUUACGGCAUAAUUGCUGACGGUGUACACACAUGCGACUCGGCCAUAUGCAUUGCGUACCGGACGAAUCCUAGAGGUAUGAUGUUGGUAACUGAUGCAGUACCAGCACUAGGCUUGGGUGACGGCGUUCACCACCUGGGCGACGUGACGGUUGAUAUUCGAGGUCAUCGUGCCGUUUUACUUGGAACCGAUACCCUUGUUGGCAGCGUAUGUUCUUUGGACGAAUGCGUCAGAUAUGUGAUGAAAGUGACCGAGUGCAGCAAAGAACAAGCACUGGAAUGUGCCACUUUGCACCCGGCUGAAUUCUUGGGAAUCACUGACCGAAAAGGAACCCUGGACUUUGGUAGAGAUGCUGACUUUGUCAUGUUGGACGAACAACUGUCAGUUGUGGCGAACUUCAUUGCUGGAAAAAAUGUUUUCACGAAUUACGCCAUGUCCAAGAGACCUGUCUGAUG